CGCUUAGAGCCACAUCUCCGUUUCUCCCAGCAACAACUCAAAUCCCUUGCACGCCACCCCACAGCAACUCACGUUCCACGUUAGGAUCGUCAUACAUUCCUCAAAUCUGUUCAAAAGCCAUGGGCCUCUUUAGCAAGAAAUCAAUUCCAAACAUGGCGACUAUGCCGCCAACUAGUAGUAACAGCGAGGCCGGUCCACGUCCAGUCCCUGCUCACGCUCAAGCGUUUCCUCCUUCGCUUUCGGCCCCCAGCAGACCCAACCAAAAACCAUACCCGACAACACCGGCAGGUUGCUACAAUCAGAAUUUCGGCGCCAGUUCACAAACCAGGCCCGGCCCCCAGGCGAUCCGCUACGAUUCCGGCCGUCUUCAACAACCACCACGACCAUCGAUGGCGAAACGCAAUAAAAUGGUGAAGAAAGAGUUGGGCGAGAAGCCCGUGAUGCUUCCUGGUGAUAGGUAUUCAACAUGGCCGGUCAGGCUAGUGUAGUCUGUACGUUGGCAGCAUUUGCUGUCAAACAUCCGGAAAGCGAUGAGGGCGUGUUCAUUUGGCGUGAUCGGCCGGGAUCGUAUUUCUCGGCCUUCCCAGCCUUCGUAUAUCAAUACCUGGUUUGAAUGGAAAUAUGCGUCAGGGCUCAGACCUGG